AUGCAAGUCUUGGAUGAGUCUUAUCAAAGUAUCUACAAUGUCUCCGUGACGAGAGACAACUACAAGGCCUUGGGCAGCGUUGAUGGCUCCUCUUUGAUAUUAUGGGUUGAUAUGCACGAGAACACGAUCACGUCUGAUGGGACAAUGCUAGUCACUAGCUACAAUGUCACUCAGACUGAUCUCAGUUCCGUGGGAGGUCCCGAGAAUGGCUGGAUCAUUGACUAA